AUGGAGGACCCGCUCACGCAGCUGCAGGACGCGGAGAACUCGCUUGCAGAUCAGUUUUGUAAUGCCAUUAGAGUGUUGCAACAAUGUGGUCCUCCUGCUUCUUUUAGUAACAUUCCAACAGCAAUUAACAAAGACCAGCCAGCCAAUCCUACAGAAGAGUAUGCCCAGCUCUUUGCAGCACGGAUCGCAUGGACAGCAAAGGACACUGAUGUCUUGAUAGAUUCCUUACCCAGUGAGGAGUCUACAGCUGCGUUGCAGGCUGCCAGCUUAUACAAGCUAGAAGAGGAAAACCACGAAGCUGCCACGUGUCUGGAGGAUGUGAUGUACCGGGAAGUCAUGCUUCUGGAAAAGAUUCAGAGUGCGCUUGCUGACAUCGCCCAGUCCCAGCUGAAGACAAGAAGCGGCGCCCAUAGCCAGCCUCUUCCCGACUCAUAGCGUCAGUGGCAGGAAGAACUGUUUCAGUACCACCAAGAUGUGCGUCAGUUACAUGCAAGCCUUCCCAGUUUCAGACACAGCAGACUGUAUGAUGUUCCCUUUUCUACUUGCUUUUGUUUUCCACUUUCACUCUUUAUAAUAUGCUUUUAAAAUUGUGAUUGUGUUAACUGUGAACUAUGCAUCACUAUGCAUCAUUUUCUAUCUGAGUGAAAUUAUCAAGGCAGACGGUGCACUGAUGCCGAUGAUGUAAUAAACAGAUACAAAGUUC